AUGGAUGAUGAAUUAAAUGUAACAUAUAUAACUCUUGGUGGGUAUGUGGAAAUAGGCAAAUACAGGUAUUUGUAUUUUGCUAUUAUGUUUAUUGUAUAUAUUAUGACAAUCUGCUUUAAUUUCACCAUUAUGUACCUUAUUUGGAAACACAAGAACCUCCAUGAGCCGAUGUACAUUUUCAUUGCAGCAUUGCUUCUGAACUCUAUUGUUUACACCACUGCUAUGUACCCAAAGAUGUUAAAUGACUUUUUAUCCGACAAACAGAUCAUAUCAUAUUCAGCUUGUCUCUUUCAAUUUUUUUUAUAUUAUUCCUUAAGUGCUUCAGAUUUCUUCCUGUUGUCAGCCAUGUCCUAUGACAGAUAUGUGUCUAUAUGUAAACCUCUGCAAUAUCCAACUAUCAUGAGAAGAACCACAGUGAGUGUUAUUCUGGCUCUCUCUUGGCUGCUGCCUGCUUGUCAGGUUGCAGUUUCAGCAAUACUAAUUCUUAAUACAAAAUUCUGUAAUUCAACUUUGAAUUCAAUUUUUUGUAACAAUUCAAUUUACAAUCUCUUCUGUGUGAGUUCAAAAGCGCUAUCUUUAUAUGAUGUGUAUGCUCUGUUCAGUAUGGCACUUUUCCCUUUGCUCUUCAUACUUUUUACAUACACCAGAAUACUUAUAAUAUCUUAUCGAAGUGGGAGAAAUGUCAGAAGAAAAGCUGCACAGACUUGUUUACCCCACCUGAUAGUUUUAUUUUGCUUCUCCUCUUUGUGUGCAUAUGAUGUCAUUAUAAUACAACUGGGAUCUGAUUUACAUUUCAUAAUGACAUUACAAGCGUUUUUGUAUUAUCCGCUUUUUAAUCCAGUUAUAUAUGGACUAAAGAUGAAAGAAAUCUCUAAACACCUGAAAAGAUUGUUCUGUCAAGCCAAAGUGAGCUAA